AUGGAUGCGGAAGCUGAAGAUUGGUACAAAGUACUGGAACAGGAGUUUGAGGUGGUGCUGAGGAAAGAAGAGCUGUCAAAGUCUCCGACAGGUGCCAGAGAUGCCUCCAUGGGGGAUAGUCGUGAUUCUGGGGUGGUUUCUGAACCGACUAAGGAGUGGCAGGAAUAUUGGUCUUGUGAACAAUCCAUAGCGAGUGCAAGGGCCAGUGUGAUGAUAUACGACGAUGUUAACAAAAAAUGGGUACCAUCGGGCACGUCGUCGGGUCUGUCCAAAGUCCACAUUUACCAGCAUACGGUACACCAGACGUUUCGAGUGGUCGGUAGGAAGCUUCAGGAUCACGAAGUCGUCAUCAAUUGUGCCAUACUGAAAGGACUGAAAUACAACCAAGCCACAUCGACGUUUCAUCAGUGGCGAGACAAUAAGCAAGUGUACGGACUGAAUUUCAGUUCCAAGGAAGACGCGGAUUGUUUUGCCAGAGCCAUGUUCCAUUCGUUAGAAGUACUUAGCAACGUAGUCAGACAGCCCGCCCCGCCGCAGUACGCCCCUCCCCCCCAACAGAUGCAGCAACAAGUGCCGCCCCAACAGCAACAGCCGCCCGCGCAAACGCAGAUGCAGACGCAGCUGCAGCAGCCCCAGCCUCCGCAGCCGCCUUUGCCGCCGCAGAUGCAGCAGCAGCAGUACGAGGAGGACAUGGGGUACCGCACGAUGACGCGGGAAGAGGCGGCCAUCUUGCAGGAGCGAAGGAUAUCGUCGAAUCUGAUGUCGCCACAACCGCAAACGACAUCACCGAUGACGCCGCAACAAGGCAGUGCGCCGCCUGUACCGCCCCCUAUGAUGGUGGGCGGGGCUAGUCCUGUCACGCCCCCUCUCUCGCACGCGCUGCAAAAUAACCAGGCCGGCCACCAGCGCACCACCUGCGCCCCGCCCGCUCCCCCGCCUCCCCCCGGUCCACCCGCUUCAGGCCCGCCCGCCCCUGGCCUGCCCCCCGCGGUGGCCGCCCCUCCGCCGCCGCCCCCGCCGCCCAUGAACAUGCAGCGGUCGCAGAGCAGCGACGGCGGCGAGGCGAACUCGCUGGCGGCGCAGCUGCAGAACGCCAGGCUCAAGAGGAACAGCAAGAAUACUCCACCACCGACUGAGAAUAGCGGAUCGUCUACAAGCAGUGGCGGUAGUAGUAAUUAUGGCACCAUCGGCAGAGGAGGUGGUGGUAGUAUGGCUUCCAUGAUGGAUGAAAUGGCAAAGACACUGGCCAGGCGACGAGCAGCAGUGGAGAAAAAAGUGCCAGACAAAGAAGAGGAGGACAAAAAAGCGGCGAUUUGGGAAAAGACCAACACCCUGCCUAGCAACACGUCAAAGUUCAACUCUGAAUCGCCGAAAAGUGUUAGAAAAAGGUUCGGUUCCGCGUCAGAAGAGACCAUACUCAAGGUGAACGGCCUAUCGGAUGCGAGUAGUCUCUCUUUAGGUCCGACAGAGAUGGACAGCCUCAAGAACGAGAUAGUCAAGGAAGUCAAAAAAGAAAUCGCCAAAAUGAAACAAGAUAUUAUAGAU